CCUUCCCGAUCGCAAGUUCGGUAACCGGUCAAGAACUAUCUAAUAUUGAGUUUUUAUAGUGUUUUUAUUAUAUUUUUUAUAUUUAGUGGAUAUUUAUGUGUUUAUACUGCGCGCGAUUUGGUGUGAAGUGUGAACUCUAAUUUAUGGAAGUGGAAAAUUCUGGCGACCGGGGUUUACAGUUAAAGUUAAGUAAAUAGUAGCCGUUUUGUUUAAUUUUUCCACGUGUAACCGUGAACGCACUGGUGACUUCGAGGAAGAUAAAAUCUACCUUGAAGAACAGACCGGACCCUACGAAGAAAAUACUCUUUUUGUAAAACAAGAAAACGUUUAUAUUCAAAAUGAACAAAAUCAAUUUUACAAUUAACGGAGAAUCUUAUUCUUUGACGGGAUCAGAAGUGUCACCUUCCACGUCUCUCAACGACUACCUACGAAAUACGUUGGGUCUGGUGGGCACUAAGGCCAUGUGCCAUGAGGGCGGCUGCGGAGCCUGCGUCGUGUCCGUGGCUAAGACACAUCCGGGCACUUAUGAGAAACACGUGGUCGCUGUUAACUCUUGCCUAGUCCACGUGUUAUCAUGCCACGAAUGGGACAUCACCACUAUAGAAGGGGUGGGGAACCGCAAAGAUGGCUAUAACGAGCUCCAGUCCAGGCUAGCGGCCUUUAAUGGCACCCAGUGUGGGUACUGUACCCCCGGGAUGAUCAUGAACAUGUAUAGUUUGUACGAGGGCUCGGAAAAGAGGCUGACAAUGCAUCAGGUAGAGAGAGCGUUUGCCGGCAACAUCUGUAGAUGUACCGGCUAUCGGCCCAUUUUGGAUGCCUUCAAAAGCUUCGCCACCGAUGUAGUCCAAGAUGGCGCAAAAAUAAAGGAUGUAGAAGAUCUGCACGAAAUGCAGUGUGCCAAUAAGUGUGCAAAGAAAUGUACAAAGGAAGAAAAGGAUUGGUGUUUCAUACACAAAAACAGCAACGAGAAUUUAUUUGAUAUACAAAUGGAUGUAAACAGAUGGUACAAAGCUUAUUCUGUAGAAGAUGUUUUUAAGGUUCUUACUAAAGAAGGUUCAGACAGCUACAGACUUGUCGCGGGAAAUACGGGAAAAGGAGUGUUUCCAACGACAAAGGAGCCUCGUGUGUUCAUCGACGUAACCUCAAUAAGUACGCUGAAGGAUACCAUAAUAGACGCGAACCUGGUACUCGGAGCGGGGCUCUCCAUCCAUGAACUGAUGGCGGUAUUCCAGAGGCAGAUGAAUAAUGAUAAUUUUCGCUAUCUAGAGCAUUUUCAUCGUCAUUUAGAGUUGGUGGCUAACGUACCAGUGAAAAAUAUAGGAACCAUAGGAGGAAACCUGGCUAUGAAGAAUGCUCAUCACGACUUUCCAUCCGACGUGUUCCUUAUAUUCGAAACAGUUAAUGCAGUUAUUACUUUAGUCGACAGCAAUUUCAAGUACCAUGAAAUGAACUUACAAAAGUUUUUGGCCACGGACUUGAAGGACAAGCUUAUAGUAAAUGUCAAGAUACCACCUCUGUCAGAAAAUCACUUAAUAAGAACAUAUAAGAUAAUGCCUCGUGCUCAAAACGCUCACGCAAUCGUCAACGCAGGUUUCCAUUUCACCUUGGACGCCGAUGAAAAAGUCGUAUCUUCCACCAUAGUUUACGGAUCCAUCGCCUCUGAUUAUACCCAUGCGACAAAUGUCGAAAACUACCUUAGAGGGCAAAUCUUGUUCAAUGAGCACACUCUGCAAAAGGCACUUGAAUUAUUGGAGGCAGAUAUAAAACCUGUGGAGAAUUUACCCGAACCAUCACCAGCUUGUAGAAAAGCAAUAGCCUUGGGGCUAUUUUAUAAGGCAAUUUUAUCACUACAUUUAUCAACUAACCCUCGGUACAAAUCUGGUGGUAUUCAUUUGAAACGACCUGUGUCGCAUGGAAGCCAAACCUACGAUACCGACAAAAGUGUGUGGCCUCUGAACCAGCCUGUCCCCAAACUGGAAGCUUUAACUCAGUGUUCUGGCGAGGCGUUGUAUGUUGGAGAUAGUAUAUCUACACCUCGUGAUUUGCAUGUUGCUUUCGUGCUCUCUACUAUUUGUCUUGGAGAGAUCGUGAAAAUUGAUGCCAGCGAAGCUUUGAAAAUUCCAGGCGUUGUCGGUUUUUUCUCCGCAAAAGAUAUUCCCGGAAAGAACAAUUUCACUCCAAAAGAUAUCCCCUCUAUAGACGUUGAAGAAGAAAUCUUUGCAAGCAAGAAAAUCACUUUUUACGGUCAGCCUAUUGGCAUAGUCGCAGCUGUGACCAGGAAACUGGCUUUAAAAGCUGCGGGCUUAGUAAGAGUAUCCUACAAAAAGAAUCCAGCUAAACCUGUUCUGACUAUCAAAGAUGUUUUGGCAGCUCCCGAUAAGGAUAAGCGGAUCCUAGAAGCUGUGACAAUUACUGCUACAGACAGGGGCACAGACACAGCACAUGUGAUCAAAGGGGACUUUUAUAUACCGGAUCAGUACCACUUUACCAUGGAGACUCAGAGCAGUACCGUGUCCCCCACUCGUCGAGGACUCCGCGUGCGAUCAGCGACUCAGUGGAUGGACUUAGUUCAGGUUGCUGUGGCAAAAACUUUGAAUUUACCAUUGAAUAGGGUGGAUGUUGAAGUGCCUAGACUGGGCGGUGCGUACGGCGGGAAGGCGUCUCGAGCAUCGCUGAUCGCUUGCGCCUGCGCUCUUGUCGCCUACAAACUCAAUCGCAAAGCCUCCCUCGUGAUGCCCCUUACCGACAAUAUGGAGGUUAUUGGGAAACGCAUGCCAGCUUAUUUUGAGUAUGAGCUGGGUGUCAACAACGAUGGAGUCAUCCAGUAUGCUGAUGUAGUUUUCUACUCUGAUGGUGGUUCAUCGAUAAAUGACAAUUUAGCCAGCUACAUCGCUGAUCCUUUAUCAAGGCUUUACAACAAAAAGCGAUGGAACAUCAAAGGGUAUAGUGUUAUUACUGAUAAACCCAGCAAUACUUGGUGUAGAGCUCCAGCAACAGCAGAAGGGUUUUCCGCAGCCGAACAUAUAAUGGAAAGAAUAGCAGAUGCUACUAAAAAAGAUCCUAUUGAAGUAAGGACACUGAAUAUCACAGCAGAAAAUUCUCCUAUGCUAGACCUGGUAGACACUUUCAAAAUAGACUGUGAAUACGAGACGCGUAGAGCAGUUAUUGAUAAAUUUAAUUCUGAAAAUGCUUGGAAGAAGAAAGGGUUACAAGUCUCCUUGAUGUCAUAUCCGAUAGAGUAUGACGGUAACUUCCCCGUUGCAAUAUCAGUUUACCAUGCUGAUGGGACAAUCCUUAUUGCCCAUGGGGGAAUAGAAAUGGGCCAAGGCAUCAAUACAAAAGUGGCCCAAGUUUGUGCCUAUGCUUUAAAAGUGCCUCUAAGUAUGGUGACAGUAAAAGGAGCAGACACAUUUAUUUCUCCAAACGCUAUGGCAACUAAUGGAAGUAUCACCAGCGAAUCUAUCGCAUUCGCGACAGUCAAAGCCUGUAAUGAGCUAUUGUCGAGAUUGGAACCGGCGAAAGCUGAUCUUAAUGAACCCACUUGGCAGGAAAUCGUAACAGCGGCAUAUAAUAAAGGUAUUAGUCUCCAAGUAAGCGCAAUGUCAUCAAAUCUGGACAAGUUGACUCCCUAUUCAGUCUACGGAGCUUGCACUGCGGAAGUGGAGUUAGAUGUGUUAACUGGCAACCAUGUCUUGACUCGGGUAGACUUGGUUGAAGACACCGGACGCAGUCUCAGCCCUGAAAUUGAUGUUGGACAGAUAGAAGGUGCCUUUAUCAUGGGCCUGGGACUUUGGACGUCUGAGAAGCUAGUAUACGAUCCCUCAGGGCGUUUACUUACUAACCGAACGUGGACGUACAAGCCGCCUGGCGCUUGCGACAUUCCAGUGGACUUCAGAGUUUCGUUCAAGAGAAAUUCGUUAAACAAUAAUGGUGUUUUGAGGUCUAAGGCGACCGGGGAGCCAGCACUGGUUCUAGCAGUAGUGGUGAUGCAUGCUUUACAUGAAACAAUCGUAGAAGCAAGGAAGGAGUAUGGCUACCACGACACCGAAUGGGUUCACGUUGAUACUCCAUAUUGCGUGGAGAACAUAAUUCAAGCAAUAUCUCCAAACAUUGCAUGUUAUCACCUCAAAUAAAACUACCUACUCGCGAACUGUGAAGUGUAGAUAGUAGUCUGAUUCCAUUACAAAUACAAACACAAAUAAUAUGAAUAAAGUUUAUUUCUAAUA